AUGGGGAAUGCGGAGUUAGAAAAAGAAGUGAAAUCUAAAUUUAGGCCAGGUGCUAUGAAAGCCAAUGUUACUGGCACAAAACUGAUCAAAGAGAGUAUACUAAUUAAUUGUGCUGACAUAAAAUCUCUGCAGAAUUUGGAAGAUGGCCUUAAGCGGGAAGCUGGAAACAACUUUGAUAUCUACGUCCAAGGAUUUUAG